AUGAAAACCAUUACGAUAAGCCCAACUCUAUCAGUACGCAAUUAGGAGUGAAGAAGUCACCGAUGUAUCGGACAUCAAAGCGGUUCUAUAGGGUAUGCAGAACUGUUAAAAAGAGUGCAGAGUGAAGUGCUUGUGAUUUUAACGUAGCUUCCAAUCAAGACCAUCCAAGAUGUCUGGCCUGAUGCAUUUGGUAGUAUCAAAUUAUAAUGAACUCCUGGAAGCCAAAAAAGAUCCAUUGGUGGACUCAUGGCUGUUCAUGCAAUCUCCCAUGCCAGUGCUCUCAUUUCUCGUAAUUUACCUAUUUUUCGUAUUGAAAAUAGGACCUGAUUUUAUGAGGAACAGGAAACCUUUCGAAUUGAAGGGAUGGAUGAUAGCCUAUAACGCGUACCAAGUAAUUUUCAGCAUAUGGCUUUGUUGUCAAGCAUUCUACGUAAAAAACGCUUUGCCUUAUUUGCUGAACCACACCUGUAGCAAUCCAUCCCCUAAUAAGGAAUUUCAAGAAGCUCUUGCAAGGGGAGCGUGGUGGUACCACUUCUCCAAAAUCACGGAGCUAUUGGAUACAGUCUUCUUUGUUUUGAGGAAGAAACAAUCCCAAGUUACCUUCUUACACGUUUACCAUCAUUCAGUCACGAUGGUUGGAUCAUGGGGCUACUUGAAAUUCCUCCCAGGAGAACAAGGGGUAGUAAUCGGUUUCCUAAAUUCCAUGGUACACAUCGUGAUGUAUGCCUAUUACUUGAUUGCUGCUUUAGGGCCUAGAUUCCAGAAAUAUCUUUGGUGGAAGAAAUACAUGACCUGGAUCCAGUUGACUCAGUUCUGCAUUAUGCUGUCUUACCUGUUGUUCAUCAUCGUUAUGGACUGCAAAUUACCAAAAGCGUUGACCUUCUUCUUUGCGACCAACGUUGUGAUCUUCCUCUACCUAUUCAGCGAUUUUUACAUAAAGGCUUACAAACGGCCAAAGAAGGAGGCAAAGCAGAUUGGAGAACUCAAGGAAAAUUCCACGUCGGUACAUAAGAAGAAAUUGUAGAUUUGAUGUUCAUUGACGAAUUCCAAAGGAACUAUUGAGAGUGAGAGUGAUAAAAAUCGUGAAAGACUAUAAAACCAAUUCGAAUAAACAUCUCAGGUUUAUAUUGAAACAAUAAAACUUGUAGAGUGAAAAAACUGUCAUUCACGAAAAAAAUAAAUGUGAGAACUUAAAGGACUAGGUGAUAAAAAUGACUAGUCAUUGGGAUUUUUCUCAGUUUUUUGAAUAACCAAUACAAGCGAUUCUCAUAAUUAUGUAUAAUUUUCAAAAUAGAAAUGAAUCAUAUUACUAUUCAUUUACACCCUGUAGCAAGCAAUUAUUCGGAUUUAUUGUUUCCAUAUGUCAUCCAUAUGUAUUGUAUGAAAGUGAAAAUGUAUAUUUGAACGAAUAUUUUAUGUCCCAAAUAUGAAUUUGACUCAUUAUCGAUCCUAAUUUCGUGUUUGAUAUAAAAUCUUGCUUGUAUUGGUUUUUCUGAAUCAUUCAGUUGUAUGUAAUUUAUUUAUUUAUGUCGGUGACAUUUGAAUAAGUAUGUUAAACUACCGAAAUCCUUUCAUUUCGAAGCCUAAACACAAGGCGAAAUGUUCGAAGUACCUCAUUUAGAGAGGAAAUUAUUCGAAUGUUGUAAAAAUAAAUUUUUCCUCGAUA